CACUGUUGUUGGAGAGACAUUUAGUUUAGGCACUCGUUGCCGACAGUUGUGCCAUUAAAAAUGAGAAAUGUGAUUUUAUCAUUUCUUGUAAUAGCAACGUCUUUCGCUGCAGAGGAAACAUGUUUGGGACGAUGUCAAAGUGGCUUUGAUCCUACAAAGAAAUGCCAGUGUGAUACCAUGUGCAAGUACUAUGGAAGCUGCUGUGAGGAUUUUGACACCACUUGUCGAAAGAAAAUUGCCCGUGGUGACACAUUUGAAGAGCCUGAGAAGGAUCUGACCUUAACAACGACAGAAGAAUCAGUGGUGGCAACCACCACCGUUCUGCCCCAAACCACAGCAGUUUCCACACCUACACUUCCUCCCGAUCCAAAAGCUGUCACUUGUAGUGGCCGCACCUUUGAUGCCUUCAUGCAAUUAAAGAACGGUUCAAUCUAUGCUUUCAGAGGGGAUUAUUUCUUUGAGUUGGAUGACCAAUCUGUCAUGCCUGGUUAUCCCAAACUCAUUAAGGAUGUGUGGGGUAUCUCUGGUCCCAUUGAUGCUGCAUUCACUCGCAUCAACUGCCAGGGAAAGACUUACAUAUUCAAGGGCAACAAGUACUGGCGUUUUGAUGGUGAUGUCUUGGAUGAAGAUUACCCAAGAGACAUUUCCGUGGGAUUUGAGAAGAUUCCAGAUUAUAUUGAUGCUGCAUUUGCAAUUCCUGCUCCAGGCCAUCAUGGGAAGGAAAAAGUGUAUUUCUUUAAAAGUGACCAGUACUACCAAUAUGAGUUCAAACACCAGCCUUCUCAUGAAGAAUGUGACCGCAUGACCAAGUCUUCACCCUCUGUUGCCUUCACACAUUAUACAGAUCUGUACUGUGACUUAGAUAACAUGUUAACCUUACUCUUUCAAGGCUUUCAAGGACAUCACAAAGGGCCACGCUUCAUCUCCAAAGACUGGAUUGGGAUCAAACCUCCUGUGGAUGCUGCAAUGCUGGGAAGACUGUACGUAAGCCCCGUGUCCUCACCUUCUCCAGCAACUAGCUCAAGCAGAGGAAGAACCAGACAGAGAAAGAAAAACAAGGGCCGAGGAUCCAGAGAUAGCCACUCACUGUUCUGGGACGACUUUGGCUUGGACUAUGAGGAAAGAGAAAUAUCCACCAAUCAGAGAUUUGCACCAAGCAAAGCACAAAGACAAAAGAGCUAUACAGCAACCAUCCAGCCCCAUGAUGCGCUGCAAAUGAUAUUGUAUCAUUCACAAUGCUUUAUGGGAAUGUAUUUCAUUCGGUAUCAUGGAGCAGAGAAGCAUGGUAAAAAUCAUAAAAAGGGUCGUGGAAGACGUCCAUCUUUUUCUUUCUUUGACAUGAGCUACGACCCAGAGGACUACACAGAUGUGGUAGUUGUCCAAGAGAAGGCCAUGCCUGUGCAAAAUGUUUACUUCUUUAAGAAAGAUAAAUACUAUAGAGUGGACCUGCAGACCAAACGGAUCGACUAUGUAAACCCUCCAUACCCAAGAUCCAUUGCUAAGUAUUGGUUGGGGUGUAAAGAAAAGGACUUGUCAGAGAAAAAAUAAGAAACAAUGUUUCUACAUUUGAGUUGAAAAAAAAAGAAAAAAGAUUUUCAUGUUCUUGCUAAAUUAGAAGCUUAUUAUAAUAAUAAUUACUGUUAUUGUAUGUUUAUUGUCCAUCCUUUGUCUUGUGUUUGAUUAUGGGUUUUGUAGUUCUUUUCCUUGUCUUUGUUCAUUGGUUCUUGUGUUCAUUAGUGUCAGGUGUCCCUGGUUUGCUUAUUAGUCUCUGUGUAUUUAAUCCCUGUGUUUUCCUCUGUUCAUUGUCAGUUCUUGUCCUUUGUGGAUGUAGUGUAGUGUUAAUCUUCAAUUAAAGCUGCAUUUAGAUCUUGAACUUAUGCCUCAUCCCUAUCAGACAUUACAGAAGAACUGACCAUUUCAUAUGGAUCAAGCAGCUUUAGAGCUUCUGUCUCUCUGGCAUGGUACAGACUCUAUAGAAGAGUACACAAAGAUUUUCUGUGCCUUGGUAAACUGUGUUAAUUGGGGAGACAUUCCGCUGAAGGUCAUUUUUAGAUUUGGACUCCGUGAGCCUGUGCAAUCCUGUCUGCCAGGAGGCAGAUGUGAACUUUCCUUGGUCAAAUUCAUUGACCAUGCUUGAGGCUCACAUUCUCCUCCUACACUGUGGGGUAUGGCAGCAACCCCACUAUGGCACCCAGCUCUCUUUCAUCAGAGGUCAUUCCCCUGCCGCUGCCAGCGCUCACGCCUGCCAUGGUCAAAGAGCCAGUGCCUGAAGCCUCGUCCGUCCCAGAGCCAGCGCCUGAAGCCUCGGCCAUUCCAGUGCCAGCGUCCUCGGCCACGGAGGCUGUUCCCGCAGCAGUGCUUCUGGCCAUCCAGACGUAGAGGAGGAGAAGGGUCCCUGCUCUCCAGUCGCUGCCAGUGCUCCCAGCCAUGGAGGCCAUUCCCCAGUCGCUGCCUGUCCAGUUCCCUGAGGCUGUCGACGACCCUGUCCAGUUCCCUGAGACCAUCAACGAGCCUGUCCAGUCCCGAGCAGCCGUCAAUCAGUCCAGUAAUCAGCAUCUGUCAGACACCAACUAUCAGUCUGUUGCUCCACCCAGUAACCAGCACCCAUCAGUCACCAACCACCAGUCUGUUGCUCAACCCAGUAGCCAGGAACCAUCAGACACCAGCCACUAGUCUGUUGCUCAGCCCGGAAACCAGCACCCAUCAGACACUUGCUACCAGUCUAUCCAGCUCUGUGAGGCCCCUGCCCAUUCUGAUCAGCUCUCCGAGUCCCCUGAGUCUCCACCUCCUGCGGCCCUCUCGCCCCCCUGAGUCUCCACCUCCUGCGGCCCUCUCGCCCCCCUGAGUCUCCACCUCCUGCGGCCCUCUCGCCCCCCUGAGUCUCCACCUCCUGCGGCCCUCUCGCCCCCCUGAGUCUCCACCUCCUGCGGCCCUCUCGCCCCCCUGAGUCUCCACCUCCUGCGGCCCUCUCGCCCCCUGAGUCUCCACCUCCUGCGGGCCUCUGCCCCUCGAGUGUCCCAUGGCUCCGCCCCUCGAGUGUCCCAUGGCUCCGUGCCUUAAAUAUUCAGCAGCAGCAAUAACCUCUGAGCCCUCUGUGUUCCCAGCUGCCUUGCUCCCUAGUGCCUUGCUCUCUGAGUCCCUUAGUGCUUUUGAGUCCCCGUGUGCCUUGCCCUCUUUCCAGCUGCUCUGACCUCUGAGCCCUCUGAAUCCCCUAUUGUCAUGACCUCUGAGUACCCUGUCACCCUGACAGCUAAGUUUCCUGUUGUCCGGACUUCUGAGCCCUUUGAAUCCUCCGUUGCCCUGGCCUCUAAGACCUCUGAUUUUCCAGUUGCCCUGACCUCUGACUCCCCAUCAUGGCCUCCAUGCUGGCCACAGUCCAUGAGAUGCCAUGGCUGAAGCCUCCAAGGCCUCCAUACCAGGCACAAGCCAUCUCACCAGGCCAUUCUCCACGCCCUGUCUCGCCUGGUCCACGUCUGUCUCUUGGUCCUAAGCUGGUUCCGCCCUGACCUCCUGGUCCAUGACAGUCUCUGGGUCUGGCUCCACCCUGGUCUCCUAGUUCACGUCUGUCUCUGGACCCUCCGCCCACUCUGCCUUGGCUGACUGGUCCAUCUUGCCCUUCAGUGGUCUCUCCUGAUUCACCCAUGGCCUUCAUCUCCUCUUGUGCCCCUGCAGUGCUCUCCUGGACUGCCAGCCCCCACAUAGUCUUCAGCUCUGCUUAUGAACUUUUUUUUUUUUUCACCAUGUAUGUUUAUUGUCCUUCUCUAGUCUUGUUUGAUUUAUGGGUUUUGUAGUUCUUUUCCUUGUCUUUGUUCAUUGGUUCUUAUUUUCAUUAGUGUCAGGUGUCCCUUGUUUGCUUAUUAGUCUGUGUAUUUAAUCCCUGUGUUUUUGCUCUUCAUUGUCAGUUCUUGUCCUUUUGUAGAUGUAGUGUUUGAUAUAUUUUUUUUUCUUCUGUGUUUCCUGUGCCUAUAUUCAAUUAAAGCUGCAUUUAGAUCCUGAACUUACCCCUCAUCCCUAUCAGACAUUACAAUUAUUCAUCUAGUUCUGUUUCUGAUGAGUUUCAUUAAGAUAUUCAGUAAUAUCUUAGGUUUUGCUUGUAUUAGAAUAAAAAGCUUCUGACAACCAUAUUAGUACAAUAGUCUAUUCUGGUACUAAUUGUCUUAUCCCUGUAAAACACUUUGCAUCUUUAUUGAUGAUUUGAUUUCCAGAAUAAAAUGUUCUUGUUAUAAGUAUCAAAAUG